AUGACGUGUACAUCGUCACCUAAACCAUUGCGCAGUGAAACCGGCUUCACUUGGGCUUCAACUGAAGAAUAUCCGCAAUGUAACAAAACAAUGUGUACAUUAUUCGUCGUCGAAACCUAUAGUACAAGUCUAUAUCUACAGGUAUGGUUCGCGAAAUGCGUAUCAGUAGAUAACUUCAAAAUGUCCGGAAAAUUCACCAGUUUCUGUGCUCUUUCAACGUUAGCCGUGUUCGUGGCCUGUUGGGAUCUCACCGGCGCUAACCCGGCUAUUGCGACCGGCUACGAUCCUCUAGAAGUGUGUAUCGAGAACUGCGCACAAUGUAAGAAGAUGCUGGGAGCGUGGUUCGAUGGACCACUUUGUGCGGAUUCCUGUAUCAAGAUGAAGGGAAAACUUAUUCCAGAGUGUGAAGACUUCGCUUCUAUCGCGCCAUUUCUCAACAAACUU